AAACUAUUAUUUAUUAUUUUAUAAAAAGAAAAAUGUUGGAAUACAUUUUACUCGUAGUAGUAUUGCUGUUUGCACUGUACAUAUAUGGAACAUGGACCUUUGAUAGAUUCAAAGGCACAAUCGUUCCAUAUGUGAAACCAGUUGUGUUGGUUGGAAAUUCUUUGAAACUCGCGUUAAGGAUGGAAAAUGUCAUUGAAAGCAUAGGAAGAUCAUAUGAUGCAUUUCCACAGAGCAGAUUCGUUGGAGUUUUCCAAAUGCGCUUAUUUUCCGUUUUACUGAGAGAUCCCGAAUUAAUUCGCCAAGUAGGUGUCAAAGAUUUCGAUAGUUUUACAAAUCAUCGCCCCUUUUUCGACGUCGAUGUGGAACCACUGUUUGGAAGCAGCCUCUUUGCUUUGCAAGAUCAAAAAUGGCGCGACAUGAGGGCAACGCUCAGUCCAGCAUUUACAGGAAGCAAAAUGAGACUUAUGUUCGAAUUUAUUGUUGAGUGCGCAGAACAAAUAACACAUUAUUUACAUCAGGAAGUUAAUAAAAAAGGAGCACUCGACCUAGAGGUAAAAGAUCUAGUUACAAAAUACGCUAAUGAUGUCAUUGCUACUUCUGCAUUUGGAAUUAAAGUAGAUUCCUUGAAGGAUCCUGAAAAUAUUUUUUAUAAAAUGGGUAAAAGAGUUACUAACUUCUCAGGAGUCUUGGUCAGCUUGAAAUUUUUUGCAUUCAUGAUGAUGCCUCGCGUUAUGAAAUUUUUCAGAGUAUCACUGCUCGACCGAACCUGUGGUCAGUUUUUCCGUACAUUAGUGCACGACACAAUGGAAACGAGGGAAGAACAAGGAAUUGUUAGACCUGAUAUGAUCCAUUUGCUUAUGCAGGCUAAAAAGGGAGCAUUGCAGCAUGAUGCAGCUGGUGAUGUGGCCCAUGAUGCCGGAUUUGCAACCGUCACUGAAUCUGCGAUCACUAAAACACACACUCCUAGGAGAGUUUGGUCAAAUGAUGAGAUAACUGGUCAGGCCCUAUUAUUCUUUUUGGCUGGCUUCGAAACAAUUUCAACAGCAUCCAGUUUUACCGCAUAUGAAUUGGCAAUAAAUCCAGAUGUACAGAAAACACUUCAAGAAGAAAUAGAUACUGUAUGUCAAGAAUUGAAACAAUCUAAUCAUAAAAAUGUGGAUUACGAGAGACUGCAUAAGAUGAAGUACUUGGAUAUGGUCGUAUCAGAGGGUUUAAGAAAAUGGCCAGCAGCUCCAUUCACUGACAGAGUUUGCAAUAAUCGUUACCUUUUGGAAGACCACAAUAGAAAUAAAUAUGAGGUGAAGAAAGGUGAAACUUUAUUUAUUUCGAUAUACCACAUACACCAUGACGAAAAAUAUUAUGACAAUCCAGAUAAAUUUGAUCCGAAUAGGUUUAGUGAAGAAAACAAACAUAAUAUAAAACCUUUCACAUAUAUGCCGUUUGGUGUAGGACCACGGAAUUGCAUUGGUUCAAGAUUUGCUUUGAUGGAAAUGAAGGCGUUCUUUUUCAAUAUAUUGAAAGAAUUUGAUAUCGUACCAUCAGAAAAAACUCAGAUACCUUUGAAACUAGCAAAGAGUGCAGUACAAAUGAAGCCUGAAAAUGGAUUUUGGAUUAAGUUACAACCACGAAAAAUUAAUUGA